AUGGAACACAAGGACCCGCUCGCCGUGCGGUUUGUGGCUGGCGCGGUGGCGUCCACGACGGCAGAGCUAUGCACCCUUCCAAUGGACUGCUCCAAAGUUCGCAUGCAAACCCAUGGCCUGCGCACUUCUACUACUGUCCAAUUCAACUCCGGUUUACUCGACACGAUUCGUAAAGUCGUGCGGUACGAAGGGCCGUGGUCGCUGUGGAACGGGGCCAAGCCUGCCGUGGUGCGCCAGGUGGUCUUUUACAGCGCCAGCAUGGUCCUGUACACGCCCCUGCGAGACAGUUCCGUCUGGCCUGGCGAGGCCACAUACGUCAAGAAAAUCGUGGCAGGGGGUAUCUCUGGGGCCAUUGGCGUUGCCCUAGCGAAUCCGCUCGAUGUGAUCAAAGUCAAAAUGCAGAACGACCGCUCGGGCACUCGUUUGUAUCGCGGUAUUGGCGACGCCUGUAGACAAAUCUACCAUGCCGAAGGCUCCCGUGGGUUUCUCCGGGGAAUGUGGCCCAACAUCCAGCGAGGUUUCGUUGUAAACGGUGUCGAGUUCGGUACAUACGACGAAUGCAAGCAAUCGCUGAUUGCCGUUGGCCUUGUGACCGAGGGCACCGUGGGGGCGACCAUGGGGGCGAGUUUAGUCGCGGGGUUUGCCGGCGCGGUGGUGUCUAGCCCGUGA